AUGGGGGUGAUGGGUCCCUUCCUACAGUCUCAUUCACCGCAGGAUGAAUUUCGCCCCAACUGGCAGCUCAAAUCCAUCUUUGGUGUCGUUGGGCUGCUGAACUUUGUGGCUGCUCUCGAUGCAACCCCGUUGUCGGUUGUUCUCCCGACUAUUUCAAAUGAUCUCGACGGAACAGCCACAGAAGCCUUCUGGGCAGGCACCUCGUUCCUAGUCGCAUCAUGCAUCGUCCAGCCCGUCUUCUCGCUGGCCUCAGACAUCUUCGGCCGCAAGAUGUCCCUGCUAACCGCCGUCGCAGCCUUUACGCUAGGCUCGAUCCUCGCCGCCGUGGCAUCAGGGCUUCUCCCUGAUGCUAUGCUCACCGAGGUGCUGAUCGCCGACCUCACCACCUCCGUCAGCUACCUUGGUUGUUUCUUGCAUGGAAUCAUUCUGUGCUCAGGUAUUUAUUACUUACCGCUGUACUACAAAGGCACCCUGGGAUACAGCCCCGUGAUCGCCGGCGUGGCGUUUCAGAACCGCAUCAAGACCGAGUUCCACAGCCACCCCGAGCUGGGACGCUCGGCCGACGCCUUUGCCCAGGAUGCGUCUAGCUUGGUACAUUAUACCAAGAGUCUUCCGGCUGAGAGCGCGCCGCGCUGUCUCAUUGCCGGUCUGUAUGCCGAUGCGCUGUCGAUUGUCUGGGUGGUGAUGUGUGGUGCUGCUGGGCUCGGGCUGAUUUCGAGUCUGCUCACCAAGGGCUAUAGUAUGAACCAGUCGUUCAACUCUGACCAGGACCUGCAGAGUGCUAGGACGACGGAUGUGGAGUCGAAUGUUGGUGUUGAGUUCGAGAAGACUUGUGAUUGA